AGACUGGUAUGGACAAGAUGGCUUUGAACCAUCUUGGCUUUAAGGAGUAAACAUUUCUAAUUACUUUUAACCUCUCGAAAUCUAUAUUUUUAAUCCUGCAUCAGUCAAAAACACUGUGCUUAACUUUAGUGCUAUCAAUCGGGCAUUAAACAGAUAAAUAAUAUAUUCUUAAUCCAUCUUUAGUCUUUCUAAUAUAAUGAGGUAUACGUAGUUAAUUGAAGGAGAUUUUAUGUUAAAUUUAUAACUCUUUAAAAUGGAUAAUCUUGUACUAAAUAGUUCUUCGGAUGAAGAUGAUCCAUAUACAAACUCUGUUGCUCGCUUAAAAGCAUUGAAGAGACAACGUUUUGAAAAGGAGAUAUUUACUAACAAAAAAUUUCCUACAAAGGAUAAGCAAGAAAUAAAUGAAAAUCUAAAUAGCAUAGAAACAAAUUCUCCUAUAUUAUUAGAAAUAAAUAGUAAUGAAAAGAAUGAUAAUGAAUUGAAUGAUGAUGGUAUUCAAACUAGAAGUAAGACGGUAAGAAGAAAAAAAGGUGGAGGUAUUACUAAUUAUACUACUGUUAGGCGAAAGAAAAAAAGGUUUCCAUAUAACGAUGAUCUACAAUGUGAUGUGGAGUUAAUUUCUAUUGAAGAAAAUUUUGUAUCAAUUCCCGAAUCAUGUAAAAAAGAUAUAAUUACACUGUCAGAUGAUGAUGCUUGUGAAGAUGACAACUAUGAGUUGCAUAUAAAAAUACUUUGGAGAUCGAGUAGACUGGAUCGUUUAAGUAUACGUAAACAUGACUGUUUUCAAAAGAUUUUUCAGCAUUACGCUGAUUUAGAACAUGUUUCCAUAGAUGAAAUUCUAAUUAUGAAUAAGGAUAAAAUUGUCAAGUACAGCGAUACUCCUGCUUUGCUCAAACUUUCCGUUAUAGAUAUACUUGAUGGCGGUAUAGUGAAUCCGGGUAUGAAGACAUUAUCCGAGGGUAGCAGCGAUAAUGAAAAUAUAUGUAGCAUUAAAGUACAAACGGCGAAUAAGAAGCAAUCGUUAAUAAUCAUACUUAGGAGGGAUCAGCAGUUUAAAGCACUAUUUGCUAAUUGCGCUGAACAACUCGGUGUGAAGGAGAACAGCCUGAAGCUUUAUUUCGAUGGAGAACAGAUCAGUCCGACCGAUACUCCGGAUUCGUUAGAUCUCGAGGGAGAAGCAUGCGUCGAUCUUCAUAUGUAAUAAAAAUAGCAAUAAGUUUUCUAAGUUAUUUGCAUUGUUUUGUAACAUUUUUGCAACCUAUAUCUUGUGUUCACUUUAUAUUAAUUGAAUGAAUCAUUGUUAUCAUCACUUUGCAAUUUAUUAUUAUUGCUGCACACACAUAUGUAUGUUUUUUUUAUAUUAAAAUUUAUCUCUUAUCAAUUGUGAAAUGAUGAAAAAAAUGUAAUUAACAGAUAAAUAAAUUAUAUCAUUUGCAGUAAAUGAUGUAUGCUAGAUAUCAACCCAAUGAAAAAAAACGGAUAUUUGAUAAUUAUAUAUAAAGUCUGUACACACACACACACACACACAAAAUUGUUCAUUGUAUGGUUAAAAACUUUAAGUAAUAAUACAACAUGCGUUACUUUCGUAAAAUCAAACUCUUGUAUUUUUAAAACAACAAUGAAUAAUAUAUUUAUAUACUGUUACAUCAUUACAUUUUAUACAUAAUGUACAUAACAUACUGAUAUGCUCUAUACGUAUAUAAAUAUAUGUAUCGUAUACGUAUAUACAUAUAAAGCACAGCUAAUAUUUUUGUACGACUGCACAAUAUAUUGACUAUACUACAUUCUUCUUGCGAUUGCUAUUCGUUUUAACAUAAGCAGCCAAAGUAACAUUAAUUAUUAUUAUUAACAUACAUUUUGUCCGCAUUAACAUUCCUAAUUGCCUUUGAGAAAAUUGAAGAAAUACUAUUUUAUUUAUGAACACUGAUUUUAACAAGAAUAUUAACAGUUAGUUAAAUGGAUGUGAGAUAUUUGAUAACUAUACAUUUUUAUGUUCAUGAUUUUCUUUUACCUGUUAAGCUAAAGAUUAGAUAAAAUGAUAGAAGAGUUAUGUUCAUAACUCUUGUAACGAUAAAUAUUGCACGGUAAUCAAUUGAAUACUUUCAUUAAAAAUAUUAGACAAUUUUCAAGAUGAGAAUCUUGACAAAGGCCAGCAAAUUGUAGUACACUAAUUUUACUCUACACGAUAUAUGAUAAUGCAAUAAUAAUCUGCUAUUAAGAGGGAAUGUUUUGGAUA